GCGGCACAAAGAGCUUUUUAUUUAAAUUUGUUUAGAGUUUCGCGAAUUUGCAUGAAAAAUGUGUGAGAAAAGCCAGCUCCGGUGACCUCAUCCGCACCUGCCAUUAACGUUCAAUUAGCGGCUGAAUAGCGGCGGCCGACGCGACGUGAAGAGAAUCCGGCCGAACCCGCGCAGCUCCGGCUGCGGGCCCGGCCCCGAGUGGGGCUAGGGGAGCAGGGGCCUUAACCCACACCCCGACUCUGAGAGACGCGGGGACCCAAGAACCCUCGAGCCUAAGACAGUUUGGGGCGCACCAGGGGCUCCCAACCCGCGCGGAGAAAGGCGGGCUGAACCCGGUCCCGACUCAGACGGGUUCCCUCGCCACCUUCGGGACAAAGUGUCAAGUACAAGUUCAAGUUCAGGGCCAUGCCCGGGGAUGGGGGGGACGGGGACCGCGGAGCCUGCCCUGGCCGCCUUUGUUCUGCAAGAUAAUUGCUCCCAAUUCCCCUCCAGGCGGGACCCUGCGGGCGCCCCUCGCCCCCCAGGAGCCGCUUCCUCCCGCCCGCGCGGCGCCUGGCCCCUGGCCCUGGCGCCCCCGCUCGGGGCCACCGAAGGGUCUGGGGGCUCCGGGGAGGCGCAAUUCGAGUCCGUGGGAGUUUCCCCGGCCCCGCAGUCCGAGCGGCAAGCCCAGCUCGGUCGGACGGAUGCUCGCGCCGAGCUAUAAAAUCUGACCAUCAUCUCCUCAUGAGGAAAAUAAAUGAAGACUAGACCCUGCUACACAUGCAGAUCCGCAGCACCAGAUGUACCAGCUGAGCAGCAGUUCAAGGAGCCCCAGGUGGGAUUUCACGGUCAGAAACCCUGCAAGGUGGAUAUUGGAGCCCAUCCUACAGAUUAAGAAAAUGAGUCCCCAGAGAGGCGGGGGAACAGGCUGGAGUUCAAACGCUGGGCUGACGGAUCUCACUACACCACGCGCGGCUCCUCUCAGCAGAGCUGGAGGGAAGGCCUGAUUUCAGAGGACUCCAGGCCAUCUCCCCACCUCAGCCCCGUACUUCUGCUGACCCACAGAAGGCUGGAGGUCUGGGCUUGUCCUCUGAGACUUCGGUUCAAGAAACUAGCUACUCAGGUUGAUGGGGCUGGACAGGGGUUUAACUGAGGAGUCACCUACUUCCUCCAAAACUGUGGCUGCCCUGGGAGCUUCUCAUGUACACUGCACUUCAGGGAAAAGCCACAGACUGGGCUGCCAAGCCUCCUGCACUGUGUUCCUGCUGGCUGAACCAAACCUUAUAAAGGAGUUCCUGGAAUCAUAUUUUGACCAAUGAAAUGAGACCUGCCCCAUCCACCUGGAGCUGCCCAGCUAUAUCCUCAUUUGCAUAUUUGCUGUCCAAUCAGAGCAGCUCCAUAAUGGCCAAUCAGGACAUGGGAUUCCGACCAGUCAGGGCAGUGCAACAUGGACCAAUCAAACUGUGCAAAUUUGGAUCCUUCAUUUGCAUAAAAAUGGACCAGUCGGGGGGACUAGGGUGGGCACUUUCUCUAUAUAAACGGGCCUCCUCUUCGUCUCACAGGGGAACACACUUUCUGUUUGCUUGGGCGACUGCAUUUCCCUGGGUUUGCAGACUGUUCACCAGAAUUAAGUCUCUCCUUUUAUAGCACCACAGGAGACUCUUGUUGGCAUUGGGUUGGUGGCAGCGACCUUUUGUUGAUGAAGCCAUCCAAAAAUUUUUGCUUAAGCUAACCAGAGGCAGCCUCUGUAGUUCACGAGCAAGAAUCCUAACUGCCAGAGGCCCAAUUUACAUAUGAAUUUGGGGUGUGUGUGUGACAGAUUCUCUGUUCCCAAGAUGGGCCUCAACAAUUCCUCCUAUCCCACGUGCUAGUUAAGAAUAUAACCUUGCCACUCCUUCCAUGGAAAGGUGAAGCCUGUGUCCUCUUGAAUAUGAGCAGGCUUUCCCAAAUAGAGUAUGGCAGAAGUGAUGCUAUGUGACUUCUAACACUAGGUCAUAAGAAGCCAUGCAGUGUUGGCCUGGUCCCUUGAGAUGCUUGCUCUGGCAUGGAAGUCAGCCCCCAUGUAAGAAAUUCAAUGACCCCGAUGCUGGACAGGCACCUAUAGGAGGUCUGGUUGACAGUCCCAGGUGGGACUCCCAGAUGGCAGCCUGUAUCAGCUGCUAAUCAAGUGAAUGUGUCAUCCUGGACAUCCAUCCCAGUCGAGCCUUCAAACGAUGGCAGCCCCAUCCAUAAACCACCUGGGAAGCCCCCAGCAAGAACUGCCCAGGUAAGCCUUCCCAAAUUUCUGACCCACAACAUCGUGAACAAAAAAUUGAUUGUUUUAAGGUGCUAAAUUGUGGGAUUAUUUGUUACUCAGCAAUAGAAACUAGAAACCCUCGCUUGCUUGCCUGCUUACCUUGCCCCAGAGAAAAUUGUAUUUUCUCAGCAAGAAAGACAACAGGAGAAAAAGCAAUGAAACUACCAUUUAUUGAGUCCUACCACAGACAUCCUUUUCGUAUACCACCUCAUAUGACCCUCACAAUUCUGUGAGUUGGGGACAGUUAUUCCCUGGUGGAAAAGAGGGAUUGGGGCUCAGAGGGGACAAAGCAGCUAGUUAAGUGUCAGACUACAGAGCCCGUACUUUUCACGCUGGAGCAGAACCCCUGAAAGCAAGACUAAAGGAGCAAGUGAGGGAAGAAAGUUGAAUUUAACAACAUGAUGUUACAAGAACCAAGAUUACUGAAGCUAUGCGAUCCUUUUAAAAGGAUUAAAGUAUCAGUUUUGCUUUACCCCACGCAUUAGUCAAAUAACAGGCAGAGCACGUCCUCCAUGAGGAAUGAGAGCUUUCACAGAACCUUCCAGUUACAGCGCAUUACCUUCUGGCACUUGUAAAUCACCUCCUUUGGUUCUUAAAUAAUUCUGUUAAGACCUGGGCUGGGCCGUCCAGCAGGUGGUUUAAGGUGAGAUGGACAGAUAUGAUGCAUGAACAUUUAGAUGGGAAUUAGGUUUAGUAAUCCCUUGGGGAGUUCCUGUUAUGAGCUAGGCACUUGAGGGACAUUUUCCCUAAUCCUGCAAGAUUGACAUCAUUAUACCCCCCUUGACAGAUGGAGGCAGGGUUGCAGGUCAGGUCAUUAAGUUCCUUGUCCCAAACAUCACACAACGAGGAAGUGCAGGCUAAAGAAGGGACCCACUAGGGUGGAGAGUGGGGAGGGGAAAGCAGGCUGACAGACGUUGAGGUCCCGCUGGCACAGAGUCCUGGGCAGAGACACCAGCCUGGGGCCCCUGCAAACUGUGGGCACAGAGAGGAUUGUGGGGUCCCUAGAGGCCACAGAGUCAAAGCUCUUAGGGAAGGGGCGAUGUCCUAACCAACCAAUGGAUGGGCAGAAACCCCAGGGACCCACGUCUCACAUUCAGUGACUCCCCAGCUAGAUGGGAACCUCUGACCCAACCCCUUCCACUGCGAUGAGGCAACUGCAGCCAAAGGGAAUUUCCAAAGUCCCCCAGGUGUCACUGCCAAGCAAGACAGUACUCCAUGUUCCUGACUCCUGGACCAGUGGUCUUUCAGAGUCACCUUCCUUUUGGUUCUGGGGAUCAAACUUGGGCUAUAACCAGGGUGACCCUUUCAUGUAUCAUCCAAACCAGAGUGAGAGGGGGCGUUAUUAAUAAUUACACCAGGACAGCAGGUAUAAACAAGACUGCCCUGGGCUAAUGGGACAUGUGAUCAUCCUAGCAUGACAGCCGAAUGCCACCCACUUGCCCACCAGGAAGGCUUCUUUGUGACUGAAGGGAUCUGAGAACUCGUCGUCACCCUCCAUACCUGGUGAGGGGAUGGAGAACCAAGCAGCCUUGAGGGUCUGUCCCUCCCAGGGAUUUUCAGGGUGCCCCCAGACCAGCUGCUCCAUAACUGGCCUUCCUCUCCACCCGGCUUGGGACGCAUAAAGCUGUGUACGCAUAAAUAGAGGCCCCAUUUGUGCACCUAUCAGAGGGCAAGUGUCUUGCCAAGCCCAGCAGAGCUCUGGUUUCGGGUGCUUCCCUCUGGGUGGUAGCUGCUGAACCGAAGCUCCCCCUCAUCGCAGAGCUGUGAGCAGGGCUUGGGUCUCUCCGGGCCCGGUAGCCAGGUCACAGCAGAAGCUUCGAGGAUGUCAGGCGCACCCUGAGGACCUGGGCUAGCGGUGCUGUUUCCUCCCACCUCUGCCCUCACCCUGAGUCACACAAGCUUCAGCCUUACUGUGUGCACGAAUGCCCUGGGGGUCUUGUCACAUUGCAGAUUCGGAUUCAGGGCCUGGAGGGGGCUGAGUUGCUGCAUUUCUAACAAGUCCCAGGUGAUGCCAGUGCAGCUGGUCCAGGGACCCCUGUGAGUAGCAAGGCCAUCCAUGGCCGAUGUCCGCCCUUCCAGUCCCUCCCCUGCAUCACGUGGCCACUCCCCCUUCAGCUCUCAGUGCAAAGGGACAGCCCUCCUAGAGAGGCCUUCCCUGACUGCCACCUAAAUGCAGUUCCCCCUGUGACCCUCUCCCAGCAUCCUGUUCACUUCCUUCAGAGCAGCAAUCAUGGCUUGUCAUUGGUUUAUGUGUUUAUUACUGAUGGACAUUGGGAGUGAUCGUGUCUUUUGUCCCCACACUCUUGUGAAGCCUCUUCCCAUAAUGACGUUGGGCCUGGCCAUGCCAUUUCCUUGGGACAGUGGCACACUGAGAUUCUGACCUUCAGAACCGAGCAUCAGAGAUGUGUGUUGUUUAAGCUGGUAAGUGUGUGGCGAUUUACUGAGGCCGCAAAGGGAAACUCGCACAGGCCGUACCCCAGACCCGCCGAGUCAGCGACUGCAGGUGGGGCCCAUACCCCUCGUCUCUUGUCUCACCAUCUCUGCAGGGGGACACAGAGCUGCCCUCCAGGUGCAGAACCUUGCUUUCCAGCAGUGGUUCUUGACCUUCAUCGUGCAUCAGACUCAUCUGGGGAGUUUCAAAAAAAAAAAAAAAACACCCCCAGAAAUUCUGAUUUAAUUGGUCUGGAGUAGGGCCCAGACAUCUCCUUCUCAAAAGCUCUCUCUGUGAUUCUGUGCCCUGCCAAAAUCAAACCCCAAAUCGAACCCAGGUAUUCCUCCCCCACCCCCGUUCCUGCUUCCGCCUCCCCCUCCUCCUCUCUCUCCAGGUACUGGUUUCAUUUGGGUCUUCUCUGCCCGCUCUUUCUCAAGUAUAUACAUUUCGUUGCACACUCCUAGAGGGAUCUUGGAGAGCAUCCGACCCAGCCUCACUCUUUCCGGUUGAGGAAACUGAGGCCCAGAUAGAGGACGUGACCAGUCCAAGGUUCUCCAAUGAGCGAGGCACGGAGCCUGGGGCAAAACCCUGGUGUCCUGGUCCUUUCUCCUCCCAGCCCACUCUGACCCUGUCCCCUGGGGUAGAAAGCGGAGGGCUCCAGGCAAGGACCCGGCUCUUUAAAACCUUCCCUCUUUCCAGGCAAGGCAGAAGGGGACCUGUGCAGUGAGCGAGCCAGCGCUGGAAGUCUCUGGAGAAGUACGACAUAGUGAUUCGACAUUCACAUCCCUUAUGAAAUGAUCAUCAUGCUUCCUGCACAAUGCUGUGGUUCCACCAGGGAAGCUAGGCAAGCGGGCAGUCCCCAAAAGGGCGGAGAAGCCACUGUUGUCUCUUUGUGCCCAGGAAUACUGCCACAAAUGGAUGGCUCCUCCCAGGGACAACCAGGUAACCUUGGAGUACGGAGACCUUGGGUAGAAUGGAUGCUGGGGCAAACGGCUGUUGCGGCGGAGAGACAGGGUCCCCCAGGACCUGCCCCUUACCCAGACCCACCCAGGACACAGAUUCGCUGUGUAAAAAUCCUCAGCACCGAGACCUCAAGACUUCCUGCCCAACUGGAACUGGAGGUGUCCAGGGCUGGCUUCGUGGAUGUGGGACCAUCAGGUGUAGGAGGGGCCUGCGUUCCGCUGUUGCUGUUUUGACAUUUACAAAUUUUUUAACAACUUUCUCACUUUGCACUGGAUCCUGCAAGUUAUGUGGCUGGUCCUGGCCCUAAACCACACAGCCCUUACGAGCAGAGUAGGUUAUCACCUCACUAAAGGAAGAUGGGGUACAUAGUCAGGGCUGGGAGGCUUGUGGGCGUGGGGCCCGGCCCUCCAUUGCCCAAGGAAGUUCCCUUUGCUCCAUCGCCGUCACCGGGAGGAGACCGUCCUCGCGUCCCAUGGGAGAAGCAGUGGCGCUUAGCGCUCCCUCUUGCUGGCUGUGAGAGGCCCUCUAGGCCUGUUUCCUCGUCUGUAAAAGGGAGGAUAUCAUACCUGCUUUGCAGAGUUACUGUGAGGAGCGCCCAGAAUUGUGACUGUCCCCCCAGGUGCUGGAAAUAAGCGGCUUCUCCCCCUUUAUUGGGGAGAAGGGGAAGCAUCCUCCCCAAAAAGAAUGGGAGCCGUGUGCCCCAAAUGCAGCCUUGUCAGCCACCUCAAGGUCUUUUUUUCUCCCUGGGAGGUCCAACUAUAAAAAGUUCCCGGACUUCUGCUUGUCUCACACAUACUAAGGACAAGCCCUUCUGGGAAGGUUUCAUUGUGGCGUGGGACACGCAGGCUUCAGAGCCCUUUAGUGCCGGGUGGCUGCUACUGCCCUCUGGUGGUGAUAUAUCUGUAGCUGCACAAAUUCCUAAAAUCCUUCUGGGAAAGAGGUGCUUGAGAACAUACUACAAUUCAAUUAAAAAAAUAAUUUAUUGCUACUCUGGUAGGCCCUAAGGAUACAGAGGCAGGUCAAACACAGUUCCCGCCCUCUGGGAACUCACAGUGUAAAAAAUGAAGCAAACUCGUAAAGAGAGAGCUUGAAUAUCACACAAUGUACUCAGUUAUAAUAAAAAACAAUGACUCGGACUUCCGAUUCCAGACAAAAUGGAGUGGAUGCAUUUAUUCCUACUCUUCCUGCUGAGUUAAAGCUACGAACACCUGGACAUUAAGACUCUGAAAGGUUGAGAGAAGAGGCAGACUGGCUUGGGAAUCUUGAGACGCAGGAAACCAAUGGCAAAAGUCUACGGUGGCUUCAAAUCCGUUGGCUUCAAACCACUCCAAAUUCCCUUCCGGUGUUGUUUCAAGGACUUAGUAAACGACCCAAACCUGCGCACAACCACCCAAACGCAGGCCUCCUACCCCAAAGGCAAACUUAAAGGACCCGGGCCCCUAGCACCACCUCUUUAAAUUUUAAAACGAAGGCCUAGGCCAAUGAAUGUUAAGUUUCUGACGGAACACAGCGCCCCGCCCACAGUCCCUCCCUCCACUAAUCAAACAGAGGCUGUCCUCCAAAGCCCUACCAAUCAGCGCCAGGGAAGGACGUCGCUCACGUAACUUACGUAAGGCAAGCGGCCAAUAGGAGUUGAACUUGAGAGCUGGCUGCGCCAAUGGUGGUAUUUCUUGGAGAGCGCGGGAGCCUUUUGACCAGGACCCCUGGGAGAAGCGAAUGGCGGAGGUUCCCUGAGGCGGGGGUCGCGGUGAGAACCCCCGCCGGAGCUCUGGGGCGGCGGCGUGGCUGACAUGGCCUGUUGUCGCAACGUGAUGCUGCUGCUGGACACCGCGGGCGGCGCCGCUGGUCAGAGCCCGGUCCGGCGGGCCGCCCUGCGCCUCCUCAUCUACCUGAGCUGCCGAUUCGGCCUGGCCAGGGUCCGCUGGGCUUUCCGGUUCUUUGACUCUCAGGGGGCGCGGGGCCGGCCCUCCCGCGUGUCCGACUUCCGCGAGCUGGGGGCCCGCUCCUGGGAGGACUUCGAGGAGGAGCUGGAGGCCAGGCUCGGGGAUGGCGCCCCCGGCGCCCACCUGCCGGGCCCGGCGCCCAGGGCCACCCACACGCACGGCGCCCUGAUGGAGACGCUGCUCGAUUACCAGUGGGACCGGCCGGAGAUCACGUCGCCCACCAAGCCAAUCCUGCGCAGCAGCGGGAGGAGGCUGGUGGACGUGGAGGGCGAGGCCAAGGAGGCCGAGACGGCGCUGGGGGGCUUUGGCAACGCCGUCUUCCUGCUGGCCCCCUGUCCGCAUUCGCAGAGGGAGCUGCUGCAGUUCGUAUCUGGCUGUGAGACCCAGGCCCAGCGCCUGCCGCCCACGCCUAAGCAGCUGAUGGAGAAGGUGUUGCCCAAGAGGGUCCAGGAAGUCAUGGGCGCCCGAAAAAUCACCUUGUACUGGGUGGAUACCACCGAGAGGUCGAAGGUGUGGGACUCCCCAGACCACCGUGGGUACUGGACAGUACGUGAACUGCUCCACCGCGUAGGAGGCACCAUCUUACCAGCUGACACUUUCAGCCAGCAUUGUGCCAAAGCUGGGGGAGCACCGUUUAGCAGUGAAACAAAGCUGUCACGUGAACCUCACCUUGCUUCGUGGAUUUCCACUCUGCCAACCGAUUCCACUUUAAACUGUUUGCUUUAUAAUUCUCCUGAGUAUGAAGGCUCAUUUCCACGGAUGGAAGGAACGUUAUUUCUCCCUGUGGAAAGCAAAGAGACUCAAGAAACAUGGGCCGUCACCCUAGUGCCCUUGACCAUGCAUCAGAGACAUUUUCAGAAACCAGUCAGAAUUUUUCUGAAAGGCACGGCCUCCCAAUGGUCUCUCCCAAUGAGCGGCACUGUGGGCACUCAUAGCUGGCUGCUCCAAAGUCCAGACGAGACUGAAUCAACUCAAAGGAUGCUGUUUGAGCAGCUGGUAAACAGGCUGAUUGCUGAAGAGUUACAUCUGGUUGCCAGUGUGGACCCCGGUGAGGGCUGGCCCCCCAUCACUGGAGUUAUUUCCCCGCUCUCGGCCAGCGCUGCAGCCCUCACUGUGUUCUGCACCGAGGAAGCUGAAUUUCAAAGACACUUUCUCCAAACAGCCGUGGCAGAGGACCCCCAGGAUGCAGCUUGCCUGUUUUCCGAUGUUUUGGAUGUUGUACUGAAUCACACUCACGAUGUACUGGAAGAUCCCGCUCCCGCAGCCUCUCCAGUUCCAGAGUGGGCCCAGCGGGAGCUCAGCCGCGCGGCCCCCGUAAGUGCUGCCGUGGAGCAGUGGUUUCCACGCUCGAACCUCAGUGGCGCCAGUUCUGAUCUGAUGGAGUCAUUCGGGUUGCUACAGGCUGCCUCCUCUAAUAAGGAAGAGUCUUCCAAGACUGAGAGUGAAUUAACACACUGCCUCUCUGAGCUCUACCUGAGAAAGUCUCGUGAAGAACCAGCUGUGUCUAACCAGGAAGACAGCAAAAAGAAACGAGGUGUCCCUCGGACCCCCGUCAGGCAAAAGAUGAACACCAUGUGCCGUUCCUUAAAGAUGCUCAAUGUCGCCAGGCUGAACGUCAGGGCUCAGAAGUCACAUCCAGAUGGCAGUCCAGAUGCCGCCGGGGAGAAGAGGACCCAAAGGACAGCCAGCGGAAGGACAGCGGAUAAACUGGAAAACAGAGGACGAACUCUAAGAAGUGCUAAACCGAAAGCAUUCAAAACUGAAGAGGCGCUGCUCUCUUACAUACAUGAAAGUUACCAAAAGACUGUGGCCACAGGAGAAACGGUGUUGCAUGCGUGUGCUCAGAACAUGAUCUCAACCAUUAAAGUAUUCCUCAAGUCCAAAGGCACCAAGGAGUUAGAGAUGAACUGCCUGAAUCAAGUAAAAAAUAACCUCUUAAAAACUUGCAAAAGUCUUAGACAGAAUGCAGGAAAAAACCUGAAUAAAGAAAACAAAGUCAGAGAGUGCCAGCUUCAGGUGUUUCUUCGUUUGGAGAUGAGUCUGCAGUGCCCUUUCAUGCACGACAGCACAGAUGACAUGGAGCAGGUAGUCGAAGAGGUUUCAGACUUGCUGCGCAUGGUGUGUUUAACCGAGGAUUCCGCAUACCUAGCAAAGUUUCUGGAAGAAAUUUUGGAAUUGUAUAUUGACUCUCUCCCAAAGACACUCGGAAACCUUUACCACAGCCUAGGGUUUGAGAUUCCUCAGAAGCUGGUUGGCGUCCUCCCUUCAGAUUUUUUAAGUGACGAUUCCAUGACCCAGGAGAGCAAGUCACCGCUUCUUUCUGAGCCUCACCCAUCAGUGUCGGAUGCCACUGAGUCUGAGCAGCUGGAGGAGCUUCGUACCAGAUCAGCUAAGAAGAGAAGGAAAAAUGCAUUAAUAAGACAUAAAAGCAUUGCAGAGGUCUCGCAGAAUCUGCGACAAAUUGAAAUUCCCAAAGUGGCAAAGAGAGCUACAAAAAACGGGAACUCGCGCCCUACACUUCGGCAGCCUCCACUUCCGGUGAAAGAUGCAGUGCAAGAAGUGACCAAAGUCCGAAGAAAUCUAUUCAACCAGGAAAUUUCUCCUUCCAAGAGAUCGGUAAAGCGGGGAUUGCCCAGAAGCCACUCCAUGCCAGCUGUGGAAGGUCUGGAGUAUAAAGUUGACAACUUCCAGAGGACCAAAGGUUAUUAUCACAAAUUGCUGACUAAGAGUGUGGCCGAGACUCCAGUACACAAGCAAAUUUCCCGAAGGCUGCUUCACAGACAGAUCAAGGGCAGGUCCUCUGACCCUGGUCCUGACGUUGAUACUGUGGAAGAGUCUCCAGAAAAAGGAGAAACAGGUUUGAGAAGAAGUCCUCGAAUCAAGCAAUUGUUGCUGGGCAGGACAAAUUCUGGUUCCUUCUAUUCCAUGUCUCAGCCAAAGUCUCGAAGUGUGCAAAGAGUUCACUCAUUCCAGCAGGACAAGUCAGACCAAAGAGAAAAUUCUCCCAUCCAAAGUAUUCAGUCUCCUAAGAGGCUUCUUUUUGGGGCAGUGUCUGAGGUGAUGAGUCCCGCGGAGAAUGGUUCAGCUCAAAAUCAAAGGCCUUCAAGAAACACAGUGGAUUCUGAGAUACCUACAGCUUAUCAGACUCCUAAGAAGAGUUACUGGAAAUCUCCCAGCUCCUCUAAAGCUACACCCAGAAGGUUCCCUCGUACACCACGGACUCCAUGCCCCCCUGAAAGGCUGCACCGGACCCCUGCAACACCACCACCUGCCAGACAGUUCCCUUUUGAGUCCCCAAAAGUCUCUUCGCAUGGCUGGAAUUUACCCUCUCCACCCACAGUCCCUCCUCAUCAAGGAUGCUGUGCGCCAGGAGGAGGUGCCUAUGUGCUUGGAAAGAUACCCAUGACCCCCAGAAGGCCAGGUGGCCAGUCCCCCGGAUUUGUGCCGAGCUCUAUGUGGCCACCUUCAGCGAAUUUCAGUCCAGAAAACACAUGUCUGGCAGCCUCAGUGGCAUCUACUGCCCAGACCUGGGGUGAGUGUGUGAGUCCUGCCAGAUACUCUCUUCGAUCGCCUGCGAGAGCGGCAGCCUUGGAGAAGCAAAGAGAAACUGGCUUUGUGUGCACCCCCCCGAAUCAGACACACCAACAUCCCCAUGUCCCCGGAGCUUCUCAGGCCAAGGAGCCGGCACAGAAAUGGAAGAGGAAAGCUGUGAAAACCCCUCAGAGACCAGGGGACACAACCCUGACUUCUUCCUCACCUGUGUCUCCAGAGGAACCCUGUGCCCCUCCUUUAUGGGAUGCUCCCAAGAGCCCACUCAGGCACUCAUCGACAGACCCUCCUCCCCCUGGAGAACCGGGUUGGAAAGAGUCCCUGGAAUCAUCUAGCGUGGCCACACGUCUGUCCCAUCCUGCUCCUUCAACUCCCCCCAGAACCUCACAGGCAGCUAAUUCUGACAUCAUCCCCCCUCCGCCUCCUUCUAAAAUUGGGAAAAGGCACAGAAAGGCCUCCGAUCCUGAGAGCUGCUUCCAGGAGCGCCGGCGUCACAGCUCUGCUGCUCCUACAGCUGGUGUCCCUGACAGCCCAGAUGCUGAAAAGGACCAAAGGGAAGUGAGCCCCUCUCCCCAGCCUCCUGAAAGGCACAGUGACCCUGGGACCGGCUUCGGGGGUGACUGGCUUACAGUCUCUCGUUUGCCUGUUGCCGGGGAUGUGGAGUAUUUCCCUCUCCUGGACGAGGCUGAGCGCCUUGGCAGCGAGGACGUGAAUGGCAGUGUUUCUGCCCUGGGAGAAGGUGAGGGGUUAAGAGUGCUGGUUGCCGGUGAGAGGCAUUCUCUGUCUCCCCCUGAGGUUCCCCGAUCUCCUUCCUCUGGGCCCAGCUCCCCCCCGGCAGCUUCCUACGCCCUGCGCUGCACCGCAGACAGAAGACAGCGCCAGGCUGCUGCGCAGCCGCACCAUCUGGACACUUCAAGUCAGCUUUCAAAAGCCCCUGCCAGCCCACAGAACUAUGAGGUGGAGCUGAAGAUGCAAGCUUCCGGUCUCCCCAAGCUUCGGAUUAAAAAGAUAGAUGCCAGCUCCGGGGCAGAAGCCGAGCCCCUAAGAGAGGAGGGUGCCUUCCCUGAUCUAAGCGUGCCCAGAGGCAGCAAGGCCUCAGGCAAAUCCGAAACCACCUACGUGUCACCCCCCUGCCUUCACCCCUCACACAGCACCCCGGGUAAGAGCAACGGACAAACCUACAUCUGCCAGUCCUGUACCCCCACCCGCUGCCCCUCUAGCACCCCCUGUCCAUUGCAGACAGAUGGUGGGCUUCCUUGGACACCAUCUCCCAAGCACAGCGGGAAGACAACUCCCGAUAGCCUGAGGGAUUGGCCCCGCAGGAAGAGGGCCGUGGCCUCUGCGGGGAGGGGGGGAGUCAGCACAGAUCUUUCUAGCUGCCUGUCGCUGCUCCCGCCUGAGGGAUCAGAGCAGGACCUUGAACUUGGCAUCAGCAAGAACCCCACCUUGGGGGAUUUUGAGCUAGAUGGGGUGUGUCAGCUGCCAGACCAGUCGCCUCCAAGAGACAGUGCACCUGAGGCUGAGGAAGCCAUCUCCUGGGGACAGUUUGGGCUGGAUUCCAGGAAGAGACACCUCUCUGCCCAGGAGGAAGCCAAGUGCCAGGCCAAGAGAGUGUGUGACAAGCAGAGAGAAGACUCAGAAGUUUGUACGAGCGAGAAGUCACCGAGCACGAGAGUGCGACAGCUCCCCUCCACGGGGGACGAGGAAGUGUUCAUCUCAGGUUCCACCCCACCUUCUGGCUGUGCCGUGCGGGGCUGCCUCUCCGCCAGUGGUCUCCAGGCUCUGACCCAGUCCCCGCUGCUGUUCCACGGGAGGACGCCCUCCUCUCACACCAGAGAUGCUGGCGUGGCCGCGUACCCCGCCACGGCAGAGAAGUCUCCUUUUAGCCGAGCGCUCUCCGGGAGACGUGCCACCAGCAGGACGUACAUACGGAAGAAGCUGAUUAGCUAGUAAGGAUGGAACCAGCCAGGGGACCUCUAACUGCCAACACUCCUGGGCUUGUCCAGAGCCCCUGCACCCUGGACAGCAAUGCUCGGAGCGCGGUUUUCUCUGGGUGUGUCGGGAAUUCUGGGGGCAUAUCAUAAAGGAAUUCUCAGCCGUGUGCCCACACGUAAGGGCACACGGGGUCUGACUGACCUGCACACAUGUAAGCCCGGGUUUCAUGGAACUGGGGAAGUUUACAAGGGAAGGUCACCCCGAGGGCCUCCACCCACCCCAGGUCCUGCCCGAACCCAGCGCCCCUUGUUAGGGCGCUGGUGUGCCGGGUGCUGUACCUCGGGCAGCUUGCGAGUCAGGAGCCACGCGAGGAACGAGCUGUGAGACCAGGACCUCUGGUCAUGACGGUGGCAAGUCAGCAGCAGGCCCGCUGUGCCUCGCUGUGAAGCGGGGAGAAGGACCCCUCCCCGCCAGGAAGGGUCCCUUGUGAAGCUGCUGUGAGGCUGGGGCCCUGCGGCAGGCAGUGCUGGGACCCCGAAGCUCCCUACGCAAAACGGGCCUGUGGCAGGCGGGCAGCGCAACCCAUCUCUCACGUUCCCUGUAAUGGUCCCGUCUGGCUGCCUAGCAUUCGGUGCGUUUCUGUGUAAUGUGCCAGCCCGAGGUUCACUGGGACCUUGGCACAGCUCUAGUGCUGUCUGAGCAGCCACUCCCCAUGCGCGGGGCACACACCGAGCUGUGGGUGCGCCUGCGGUGUCCCCAGGCCAGCCUGCCAUCGGGUCUCGGCCAGGAGGCUGACUCAGCGCUGUCCCACGGUCUCUGGAAAACUUUCAAGCCUGUUGGGCUCCGACAAUUAUAAAUCAAACUCAAAGUGAAAAUUCCCAUUUCUCUGGAAAGUAUUCUCAUUUAUUAUAAAAUGGGUUUACACAAUUCUAAAGAUGUGCUAAGUUUCUCAAUUCCUCCACCCUCCCGCCCCCACAUACAUAAGACCAUUUAAAACAACCUGUGGCCACUGGCCAUUCGGUGCCCCUCCUUGGCUGAACCCCAGAACAGCACAAAUGGUGAGGCCACAAUUGUCCUGAAACAAGCCAAAAGGUGGCAAUCGGGUACCGUGGCUUCAAGGAAGCGAGUGUAGCAAUCUAUUUAAAAAAAUAAAUGGUUUCAGUCCAA